GCCGGCUGUAUUUUUGGGAUCCUGCGACUGAAGCGAGCAUGCAGGAAUAAAGAUGUAGUGUGAGCUGGUGGAAGGAGGGGGAGCGAACAAGGAGAGUGCUGUGCUAAGGGUAGCAGAGGACGUCCCAGCUGGACGCACGGACCAGGAGGACAGAUCUUUGGGGGGAGACAAAGACGGUGGGUCCACUGGAUCACGAAGAUGACCUCUCGCUGCAGGAAUGCGUUGAACAUCGUGGUCACCACCCUUUUUGCAGCGGUGGUCAUCUUCACCAUCCUGCUGGCCUAUAUCACAGGCUACCAAUUCAUCCAAACUGAGCAGCACCACCUCUCCUUCGGCCUCUAUGGUGCCUUCCUCUCCCUCCACCUUCUCCUUCAGAGCCUUUUUGCCUUUCUGGAGCAUCGGCAGAUGAAAAUCCCCACCCGUCCUCAACAUCUCCGUUGCUCUGUGGCCCUCUGCAUCGCUGCUUACCAGGAGGACCCGGACUACUUAAGGAAGUGUCUGCGCAGUAUCAGACGGAUUUCUUUCCCAGGACUAAAAGUAGUGCUGGUGGUGGAUGGGAACAGACUAGAAGACCGUUACAUGAUGGACAUUUUCCAGGAGGUGAUGGGUGGCGCUGACCAGGCGGGCAGCAUGGUGUGGAAGGGAAACUACCACAGUGAUGGGAGCGGUGGAGGGGGUGUCGGCGGUGGAAGGAGCACGGUCCACAUAGAGGAGACGAUACGGGUGACGCGGAUGGUCAGAGGUUGCCGCUUUUCCUGUAUCAUGCAGGAGUGGGGAGGGAAGAGGGAGGUGAUGUACACAGCCUUUAAAGCACUGGGGGACACUGUGGAUUACGUGCAGGUGUGUGACUCAGACACAGUUCUAGAUCCAGCAUGUACCAUUGAGAUGCUGAAGAUCUUUGAGGAUGAUGCGGCAGUAGGAGGUGUUGGAGGAGAUGUACAGAUACUCAACAAGUAUGACUCAUGGAUCUCCUUCCUCAGUAGUGUGCGCUACUGGAUGGCUUUUAACAUUGAGCGUGCCUGCCAGUCCUAUUUUGGAUGUGUUCAGUGUAUCAGCGGCCCUCUGGGGAUGUACAGGAACUCCCUUCUUCAGCGCUUCCUAGAGGCAUGGUACCAUCAAACCUUCCUAGGUUCCAAGUGCAGCUUCGGCGAUGACCGUCACCUAACCAACCGAGUGCUAAGCUUCGGCUACAAGACAAAAUAUACAGCACGAUCGCAAUGUCAGACUGAAACGCCAACCCAGUACCUGCGUUGGCUCAACCAGCAGACUCGCUGGAGUAAGUCGUACUUCCGUGAGUGGCUCUAUAAUGCUUUGUGGUUCCACAAGCACAGCCUCUGGAUGACCUAUGAAUCUGUGGUCACUGGCUUCUUCCCAUUCUUCUUGGUAGCCACAGUCAUCCAUCUCUUCUACCGUGGAAGGCUGUGGAAUAUCUUGCUCUUCUUGUUGACCGUCCAGCUGGUUGGGAUGCUGAAGGCCACCUAUGCCUGUUUCUUGCGUGGUAGCCUGGUCAUGAUCUUCAUGUCGCUCUAUUCUCUGCUCUACAUGUCAAGCUUACUUCCUGCCAAAAUAUUUGCCUUACUCACAAUUAACAAAGCAGGGUGGGGAACUUCAGGCCGCAGGAAGAUUGUGGUAAACCUGAUCGGUGCCGUCCCUGUCACAGUGUGGACGAUGGUGCUGCUUGGAGGCGUGGUGUAUACAAUUUACUGUGAAACACAGCAGCCAUUCAGUGAAUCCGAAAAGGUGCUGUUGAUAGCAGGGACAAUACUGUAUGCCUGCUACUGGCUUAUUCUGCUGGUGCUUUACCUAGCAAUUGUAGCCAAACGCUGCAACAAGCGGGAGGAGCAGUAUCACCUCCCAUAUGCUGAGGCAUAAAGCUGCUUCAAGAAGGCUCGACAGGUCAAUCACAUGAAAGCCAACUGCUGUCUGAUCCUCACACCUCUGUGAACUGCUGUAGUAAAUGCACAGUCAUAUCUGUAUUGCCGGUGCUAAAAAGGUGGGUAUGCGAAAUCCAAGCAGCGGGGCAUAGCCAGUCUGGAGAUAACUUAAGAGAUGACUGGAUCCAUGAAGCACGAUGCGGCUAGCACUGAAAAGAGUCACCCAGUCUUCAUACACUAUAUUUGAACAUCAUGUAGUUUAUGGGUACAGGUUAGCUGUGCAACCACAACAAAGCAUUCCAGAAGUGAUGCAUCUAGAGCAAAGACUUAAGGUCAGAUUUCAACUUUUUAAACUGCUGCAUAUGAAUGGGGCAUGAAAGAACAGAACCAAGAGCCUAAACAAGCAAUGAGAAAAUCAAGCUCAUUAACACAAGGACAGGAAAAAGGAUUGGAGAUGCAUUCUGUCAGAUGCUCCAAGACCUGAAAAAAUAUCAGAAAAAAGAAAACAUGCUGAAUAAUUAUAUAACUGAUAUAUAUCAUCAUUUAUAGGUACUGAGCUAGAGGAAAGGCUAAAGUAAAUUAACAGAAGAUCAUUUGAGUUGGUGGUGGGCUUGUCAAAUAAAAGCACAUUGACCUUGUGAAGUUUAGCCUAAAAUUAAUCAUACCCUGGCCAUAUCUUUCCAAACCCCAUUUCCAAUGAAGUUGGGUCGUUAGGUAAAACGUAAAUAAAAGCAGAAUACAAUGGUUUACAAAUUAUUUUUAACCUAUAUUCAAUUGAA